AUGCUACUAAUUUUGUACUCCACAUUUGCUAUUUCCAGACAACAAGGGAGGGAGAGAGACGAUCUUCUUCAACGCAAGCAAAAAUUUAGGGUUUCCUGUAUUUGCAUCGGCUGGUUGCUUUUCAUCACUCCAUCAUCCAUUAACAAUCUUCAGUCAAUUGAUGAACCAAGAACAAUGAAGGCAAGAUCAUCUUCAUUGAAUCCAUAUGCUACUUCUUACAUUCCACUCUCUAGAAGAGGGCCCACAACAACUCAUGAAACAAAAGGCUAUGAAUCAACAUAUGUUUCCCCUGCAAACACUACACAAAACCAUGGUGCUUCUGUUGAGAGUCCAGAUAGCUUGAAACUCAAGAAUCAUUCUGGUUUUGAGUCUUAUGGUUCAUCAUCACAUAGUGCUGAGCUGGCAGGAAAACAGGCCAUGGAUAUUGAUCAUGACAUGAAUUUGGCGUAUCUUCAGAUGACGUUUCCUGGUGUCUCUGAUGAGUCUCUUUCAAGUGUCUAUAUGGCAAACAGAGGUGACAUGGAAGCCACAGUUGAUAUGCUGAAUCAACUUGAGAUGCACAGUGGUGAUUUCUCUGAGAAUCUUCCGGAUUCAUUAGACAUUGGUGAUGUGUCAGAAGCUGGAUCAUCUUCUAGUGAGGGUGGAGGUGGAUCUCAAAAAAUGAAGAAGGUGGCAGUUGGAGCUUUGCUCACAUAA